AUGAAGCGGUUCUCUGCAGCAUUGGUGGUGGCCUGUGUCGUGCUGGCCACCCUGGCCACAUCGUCGCAUGCGCUGCCGUCCAACGUUACCGAGAUCAUCCGCGACUAUGGCUACAAAUGUGACGACUACUGGGCAUUGACCGAUGACGGCUACUACCUGUCCCUCCAACGCAUCUACCACACCACCCCGGGCGGCAGGAAGGGCGUGGUGCUCAUCCAGCAUGGUCUCACCGACAACGCCAACGGAUUCGUGCUCAACCCGCCCAAGGAGGCCCUCCCCUUCAUCCUCGCCGACAAUGGGUUCGAGGUGUGGCUGGGCAACAACCGAGGCAAUGGCUACAGCAUGCGCCACAAGGUCUACACCACGGCCGACCCCGCCUUCUGGCACUUCACGUAUGACGAUAUGGCGCAAUACGACUUGCCGGCCAACAUCAACUUCAUCCUGAAGACGAGCGGUGCUGCCAGCCUGUCCUACGUUGGCCACUCCGAGGGUACCAUCCAAGCGUUCGCCGGGUUCUCGGCCAACAACUCGAUCGCCGACCGCGUCAAUCUCUUCGUCGCCCUCGCCCCCUCGGCGUACGUGGGUCACGUUAAGGUGCUGCUGCUCACCACGAUGGCCCAACUGGACCCGAUCGAGAUCCUGCUGCUGCUGGGCAUCACUGAGUUUAAUCUCCCCACCGCCCUCCUCAAGCUCAUCCCCGAUGUUUGCAUCCUCUACCCGCCCAUCUGCAACAACAUACUGACCUCAAUGAUGGGUCCCUCCAUCGAGCUCAACCAAUCCAGGCUGGCGUAUUAUUUUAACUACGAGCCCAACCCGACCUCCGUCCUCAACAUGAUCCACUGGUCGCAGGGAGCGGCCACCGACAAGUUCCAGAGGUACGACUGGGGCGCGGCUGGCAACAUGAAGCGCUACGGCCAGAGCACGCCGCCGCCCUACCUCCUCUCCAACAUGCCGGCCAACCUCCCUGUCGCCCUCUUCACCGGCGGUAACGAUUACCUGGCCGAUCCCCUUGACGUGGCCCGUCUGAUCGAGGAGCUCAACCCGCCGGCGGUGUACUCGCACUAUGAGCCCACCUCUUCGCACGUUGACUUCCUGUGGGCCCAGAAUGCCAAUGUGAAGAUCUACCCACACGUCCUCCAGCUCAUCCAGAAGUACUCCAGGUGA